GCGCAGCGUGUCCGUAGCCAUAGCCAUCUCUCGAGUCUCGAUUCUCUCCACGCCCUCGCACCGCCAGGCCGCUUCUCCCCCCGGCGGCUUCGAAGCGCGAGCAGAAGGAAGGAGCCAUGUCGCGGUGGCGCGCGGUCGCAUCCCGUCUCUCCGCCGCGGCGGACUCCCACCUCCUCCCCAGGGCCUUCUCCAAGGUUCCCUCGCCUCCUCCCCAGGGCCUCCUCACCAGGACCUUCUCCAAGGCCGCCGCCGCCGCCACGUCGCACAGCCCUAGAGCUACCUCCUCCGCCACUGCCGACCGACCGAGGCCUGAGGUCAGACUGAACUCUAUGUUCCUGUCCAAGCCCUGUUCACUGGCAUUGCCUCCUGACUCCCCUCUUAGAGCAGAAGAUCCACACUAUGAAGGAAUUAAGCGAUUCAUGCUCACGCUGUUGUUGUUCUACAGUAAGCAAAGCAAGUCCAUCCGAGGAGCAAACGCUGUUUAUCACCGCAUCACUUCUCAUGUUGACAAGCCUGAUAUCUAUGAAGUGUUUCAGUUGGAGAAAACAUUUAAGACGACAUUUUCGCUGCUUGUUCUCCAUAUGUGGCUUGUUCUACGCCGCUUGAAGGAAGAAGGGAAGGAUGGUGUUAAGUUCGGACAGUACAUCUAUGAAACUUACAAUCAUGAUGUAGAGCUCAGAGUUUCUAAAGCUGGGGUUAACUUGCUAUUGACGAAAUGGAUGAAAGAACUGGAGAAAAUAUUCUACGGGAACAUUGUGAAGUAUGAUACUGCUAUAAGUCCAGAAGCACGCCAGGAUGAUCUUGUGAAUGUCAUAUGGAGGAAUGUGUACGCUGAUGAAGGUUCAGAGACUAUGGACGCUGCUGCUACCCCUGCUGUCCAGGCAUUGGCAAGAUAUACUCGAAGGGAGGCAACUUGUCUAUCAUUGACAGAUAAAGAUGCUAUGUUCUCUGGCAACUUCAAAUUUACGACCGUGUUGCCACACGUACCCAGCCCAUCAAAGCAACGGCGAUAAGUGUUGCCAUGGCAGUGGUAUUCCACAUGAAGGUUGGUAUACAUGGACAAGACUGAAAGACCCAUCAGCAUUAAAAAUAAUAGGAUUUCCAGUAUUAUUUACCAUCGAAUCCCAGCAUUUUGUGCCUUUUUGACGGGUAUACCUCACCCUAGUUAUGUUUGUCCUGCACGAGCGGUGCAUUGCUUGGCUGUCCUCUGGGAAUGUAGCACAUCUUCUUUACCGCUUGUAGCUUUUUUUUCUUCUCAUUUUCGUGGCUGAUAUGGACUCGAGCAUCAUUCUCUAGUUGGAGAGUGAUAGGAAGUAUCCGUUCUUAGGAUGAUAGAAAGUAUCCAAAACCAAUGUACUGUCUACAUCUGAAGCAGGGUUUUGGUCUCUAGGCGAUUGGGAAAAACGAUUGUAAUCAAAGCUUCUUCGGAUCUAUCACUAGUGCUGACAAGAUUUCAUCAUUUUUUCAUGGAAUAGCAUCAUCUGGUUAGUGUUUUAA